GUGAACCGCCCUGUGUCUAUAGUGAUCAGGUACAGGGACGGACGAUUUCUAGUUCAAAUAUAACUUAGUGAUUGCCACAUGGUGCAGAAUCUUUCCACCCCUACACUCCAAAAACCCAAUCAGACAAGUGCCCGUAAUCUGAUUCCCGUGCACUGGAGCCUGGGGGCAGGCAAUGAGAGCUGCACUCCGGCCAGGGAAGGCAUGAGUGACCGAGCUGCAGCGAGGCGGUGGGGUAAGUGUGGACCUCCCUGCAGCAGAGAGAGCAUCAUGGUGGCUUUCAAAGGCGUCUGGACUCAAGCCUUCUGGAAGGCGGUCACAGCAGAGUUCCUGGCCAUGCUCAUCUUUGUUCUGCUCAGCCUGGGAUCCACCAUAAACUGGGGUGGCUCAGAAAACCCCCUACCUGUGGACAUGGUCCUCAUCUCCCUCUGCUUUGGACUCAGCAUUGCCACCAUGGUUCAGUGCUUCGGCCACAUCAGCGGUGGCCACAUCAACCCAGCCGUGACAGUGGCCAUGGUGUGCACACGAAAGAUCAGCAUCGCCAAGUCCGUCUUCUACAUCACUGCGCAGUGCCUGGGGGCCAUCAUCGGAGCUGGGAUCCUCUACCUGGUCACACCCCCCAGCGUGGUGGGAGGAUUGGGAGUCACCACGGUUCAUGGAAACCUCACUGCUGGCCAUGGGCUCCUGGUGGAGCUAAUAAUCACUUUCCAGUUGGUGUUCACUAUUUUUGCCAGCUGUGAUUCCAAACGGACUGAUGUUACUGGUUCCGUUGCUUUAGCAAUUGGGUUUUCCGUUGCAAUUGGACAUUUGUUUGCAAUCAAUUAUACCGGAGCCAGCAUGAAUCCAGCUCGAUCCUUUGGCCCUGCAGUUAUCAUGGGAAACUGGGAAAACCACUGGAUAUAUUGGGUUGGACCAAUCAUAGGCGCUGUGCUGGCAGGUGCGCUUUACGAGUACGUCUUCUGUCCUGACGUGGAGCUCAAGCGUCGCCUAAAGGAAGCCUUCAGCAGAGCUGCGCAGCAGACGAAAGGGAGCUACAUGGAGGUGGAGGACAACCGGAGCCAAGUGGAGACGGAAGACCUGAUCCUGAAGCCCGGGGUGGUGCAUGUGAUCGACAUUGACCGUGGAGACGAGAAGAAGGGGAAGGACUCGUCUGGAGAGGUAUUGUCUUCCGUAUGACUAGAGGACAGCGCUGAAAACAGAAGAGACUCCCUAGAACUGGCCUCAGAUUUCCUGCCACCCAUUAAGGAGACAGAUUUGUUAUAAAUUAGACACGUGCGGGUUUCUUGUUUCACAUCUUGUUACACAGUUUAAAUAACACAUAUUUCACUAUUAUCAAUGGGGGGAGAAGCCUAUAAUUAAUAUGACAUUUUAAUGGAAAUCUUUUUUAAUGUAUCCUCGAAGCAAAUAUUCAACUACUGUAUUGACUUUCCUUUUGUUAGUAAUAACUGAAACUAUGAGCCGAAAUCUGAUCAAGUCUGACUUAACAGAGCAUUGGACAUCUCUGUGAGGAAGCCUGUACUGCCCAUCCUCACUUCAAUACUGACUCCAUUAGAUUGAUUUAAAAAUGACAAAAUGCAGCACAUCACCGAAUCAUGUGCGUUUUAGGAGAAGAAAUGUAGUAAGUUCUUCCACAAGCUAUCCCUUACUUAUUAACUACCUCGGAGGAGGAAAAAAAUAGCACGUGCCAUUGCUAAUAUAUCAUGUGUAUUUAUAUAUCUGACUGUCAGAUCCCAACCCCAAUUCACUAUAAUCCUUCUUCCCCCUCAGCAUCCAAGAAACCAUAGAGCUAAAAGUCAAAAAAAAAAUGGAAAGGAUAUUAACUUCUGUCCAUGUGUUGGUUUCAUCUAAAGAAACUGUACAUGGGACACCCACCCACUGAGGUUCAGGACAACCAGACCUGGGGAGUCUGGUGGGAGGUGGAGCAAAGGUUGCUACUUACGGUCGUACAACCAUCACGAGAGGGGCAACCUCUGUUAUGAAAUGAUUGGUCUGUUUUCAGUGCACACUCUUAAGGAUACCACAAAAGAUUAACUGCCUAAGCCUUUAACUACUUCACUUGCUUUUAAAGCUUAUUUGCAAAAUUGGGGAAUUUGUUUGCCAUUUGGGCACCUAUACUGAAACACUAGCUGAGAUAUUUUAGAUGACAACUUGACUAGUUGAGUCCUGCCUUUCUGUUGGUGUCUAAAUCCUGCUUACUCUAGGUGGUAUAAACCAGACCUGCCCCAUGCCAACUGCUAAUGCUGUCUUGUUUCCCAUGACAUCUGUUGAUGGUCAGCAUUGUGAGUGUAAUAAUACCCAUUGGUGUGGAUUAAAAUAUGGCAGACAAGGUGCAAGGUAGCUGCCAAUAAAGGUGAGAGCAGACAGCCUCUGCGCAAAGCUCCUAGGCACCCCAUCAGCACAGAGCCUACGUGCUUUUAAGGUAUUUACCUCCUGCCUGAUUUAUUUGUUAGAACCAUUUGUUUUUCCCAUACUGCUUUGCCUUCCGCCCAUCGAAUGAUCUGUGGAAACCCCAGUUUCUACACUCAUAGCAGUCUAGCCUAACAUUUAUUUUAGACAAAGUGCUGCAAACGUCAAUUUCACCAAACAAAAGUCAGUAGUGGGAGAGAAAAGAGCCACCUCUUCAAGGACUAGCUUGUAAAUAGCUGACCAUCGAGGGCUUUCUUCUCCCAAGCACAAUUCCAGCUGCGUGUGACUUCUUAUUGUUAAUGGCAGCUUUGCGUCUGUGGCAGCCAGAUAAUGGACCACUAUUAAAGUUGAUUCUCUUCGGUGCUAGGAAACUGAUAUGCAAGUUCCCAGACAGCCACGAGGGCAGCAUAUGCCUCUCAGAGCCACGGGCGUAUUCUGAGGUAGAUGCUGGGAGCAUAGGCCCCAUUUCAGGGCUUUGAAUGUACUACACCAGAGACAUAAGCUUCCUCUCUGAUCAGAACCUGCAGAACCAAGGCGUAGACCCGUGUUCUCACAAUAUACCACACAGGCUUAAGAUCAGGGCGCUCCAGUUCGGUUGCUUGGGUUAAAACCAAGUUGAGGGUCGGGUCAAAAUAAAUUCAGUUAACCAGGAAUAGUGGGGCACAUUUCUGAUUACUUUCUCAAAAUCCUGGCCUGUGAUUAUUUUUAUUAUGCUACACAGCUUGCUUUGUGCGUGCUCACUUUCACAGUCAUUUCCAGGGACAGCAUCCAAUAUGGUAGGAACUGAAAAGCAGUGAAGUGGAGAUGCGUUUUCUAGCAGCGGCAGAGUGUUGGGCACCCAGUAGGUAAUCACAGCAAGCAUGUUGUUUGAUUGUGUGUGUGUGUGUGUGCGUGUGUGUGUGUGUGUGUGUGUGUGUGUGUGUGUGUGUGUGUACAUAUAUAUGGCUCUCAUUUGGGAUUUAAGAACAAUAACCUCUUCUAAUUUUUGCUUUGCUCAAUCUUUAGUGGAAGCGUGGUUUUGAGUGUUAUCAAAGGAAGGUCAUGCGGGUGUGGAAACAAAGAGCAUGUUUUCACAUUCUACUGUUUAAGGGCAGAGAGUGACGGCCUCGUCACUCUUCAUCUUGCAUUUCACUCACGGCUCUGCCAGUGAAACAGUAAUGAAAUUGUCCCUUUCUAAUGACAUCUAUACAGCAGGGGUCUAUUGCCUUGUGGGUGACACCAAAUUAUCCUACGUAUUAGGAGAUCAGGGCUUUUCCCUUUAAUCCCUUCUUAUUAAGGAGUGCAUAGUGCCGUACCCAAGAGACAGCUACUGGCAGAUACACAGCAGAGAGAUCAGAGAGGAAAAAUCAGGAAGGCAUAAAAGAUUUAUACGAGCCAUGGAACAGCGCCAACUGUCUGUCCCCUCAGGAGGAGGACAGAGUCACCCCCCAAGUUUCGAGGUGGUCCAUACACUGGAAAAGUACACAUUCUGUCAAAAACACAGCAGAAAGGAAUCUUUUUUUAAAGAUUUUGAGGAUUUUUUUUCAAAUGUAGGACUCUGACUUCUAAAUGUGUGUUUCCAUUUUCUUCCAAAUGUUCUACCCUUUUCCACUCUAAGAAAAUGUUUUCUGUAGCCUAAGUCACUGGUAAUUCUACAACUUGUUUCUGUGCUUUGACACCACUCAUAAAUUCUCUCCCUUUCGAUCAUCAGAGAAGUGUCCUUCCACAUCUCAGAGACACUGCUGGCCAGAGCUGCUCCCUGAUGAAGAUUUCAUAAGGAGAUUAGAAAUCUCUGGAAAACAUGCAUGUUAGAAACGAGCUGAUUUCUUAGAGGUCAAUUUCAAAAGUGCAACACUUCUCCUAGGAGGACCCAGGCAAUGUGUGCGCUGCUCUAACCCCACUGAUGGCAGUGAAAUCUCAAAACUGGGGAACUAAUUAAAAUGAUGGCAUGAGACCUUGCCUGGCCCUUUGUUGUGUGAUGUUGACACCUUCCUCACACAUCAGAAAUCUGACAGAGACAUGACCUCUCUGACAAUUGAAGACAGAGAGCCAAAUAGACAAUCUUAUGAAACUAUGAGAGGUUCUUAUCAUUAAACUACAGGAUAUAUGAAUGUGGAAUCUUGGACCUGAAAGUAAUUACGUCUUUCUCCAGUAAACUCAUGGGAUAAAAAUUCUUAGGAAAGCAUGGUUUCUAUUUGAAAGUGUACUAUAACAACUCACAUCCUUUACCUCAGCUUUUUGAGCUCAUGUCUAGGUGUUACUGCUUUUCAGAACACCUUAAAUAACACAAACCUUUCAAACCCAUAACUCUCAGAAAGAAAUGUUAGGCACUUAACUUCAAAACUCAAAAACUGUGAAUACUCACUUUUGGCACAUAACUUCCCUGAAAACACUCACCAAACAAAUGAUACAACGCAAACCAUGAACACUAGAUUUAAGAGCACUUAUAGUGUUACUGUUUUAAGUCAAAAUUCAAGAGCUAAAAAAUAUGCCUAACAUAUAUAUUCCAUUGAAAUGUAUUCCUAGACUGUUUUCAUAUUUGAUCAAAUAAACAGCUAUUUAUGGAAAUAUGUAAACAAUUAUUUAUCAUUUUAUCACCCAGAUCACAAUAAACCUGCAACUUAUGAGGAACUAAGAAAAAUAAAAUGAAUGCCUGGUUAUAUUUACAAUUAUUUAUUAACUUAAUAUUAUUGCAAAAUUAGAGUUAAUGUUAAAUGGAUUUAAACUGUAAUGACUAAUAUUUGGAAAAAUCUAAUAAAAGUGUUAGCUGUG